AUGUCCGUGAAUGGCAAAAGAGUUUUGCAUAUAGAUCAGAACAACUACUAUGGGGGAGAAACGGCAUCAAUCACACCUCUAGAAGAGCUUUAUCGAAGAUUUGAUGUGAUUGGUCCUCCAGAGCCAAUGGGCAGAGGUAGAGAGUGGAAUGUAGAUCUGGUCCCCAAGUUUCUUAUGGCCAAUGGACAGCUGGUGAAGAUACUUUUAUACACCGAAGUGACCCGAUAUAUUGAUUUUAAAGUAGUUGAUGGAAGCUUCGUGUACAAAUCUGGACGCAUCCACAAGGUACCCUGCACAGAGGAAGAGGCACUGGUCUCAGACUUAUUAGGCAUGUUUGAAAAAAGACGUUUCCGCAAGUUCCUACUCUUUGUGGUCAACUUAAAUGAACACGACGUCAAGACCCACCAAGAUAUAGAUCCCAGGAGGAUGACUAUGCGUGAAGUGUACCGGAAAUUUGACCUCGGCCCCGACGUCAUUUCAUUUACUGGACAUGCUCUGGCCUUGUACAGGAACGAAGACUACUUGGAUCAGCCAUGUCUGGAAACCAUAAACCGAAUUAAGUUAUACUAUGAGUCCCUAAUUAAAUACAGUAAAAGCCCAUACCUGUACCCUCUCUAUGGUCUGGGGGAGCUGCCACAGGGAUUUGCCAGGCUGAGCGCUCUGUAUGGAGGAAUCUAUAUGCUCAACAAACCCGUAGACGAGAUCUUAAUGGAAAAGGGGAAAGUAGUUGGUGUACGGUCUGAAGGAGAGAUCGCUCACUGUAAACAGCUCAUCUGUGACCCCAGUUAUGUUCCCGAUCAAGUAAAGAAAGUUGGUCAAGUGAUAAGAGUCAUUUGCAUCCUCAGCCAUCCAAUCAGGAACACCAAUGAGUGCACAUCUUGCCAAAUCAUCAUCCCCCAGACGCAGGUCAACAGGAAAUCAGAUAUCUACGUGUGCAUGGUUUCUUGUUCGCACUGCGUGGCAUCAGACGGGAAGUAUGUCGCUAUAAUUAGCACGACGGUAGAAACUGAGAAUCCGGAGAGUGAAAUCCAGCCGGCGCUAGAACUCCUGGAACCCAUUGAUCAGAAGUAA